CGGGGUUUAAGCGUUAUUCUGAUUCUGUAAUCGUAGUUGUUUUUAUUGUGCGAUCGAUCAGCGUUGUGCUUGUUGAUAAUCGUUGAAAUGGGCUUUGAAUUUGCUAGAGCUGACAAUGAGUUGGAAGGGGAAGGGGCCGAUUUCUUUCGAGGAAGGAUGGCCAUACCUACAAGAAGGGAUUACAAAGAUUAUUAAUAAUCUUGAUCAAGGAUCGACGCCACUUAUAAACCCAUCCGAAGUCUUCAGUCUCUAUACGUUGGCAUAUAUGAUGUGUAACCAAAAUGGUCCAUAUGAUUGUGCUCCAAAAUUGUAUGAGCAUUACGGGAAGUCUAUCAAAGAAUACCUCGUAUUAACGGUCCAGCCUUCUUUGAUGGGAAAGUGCGACGAAAACCUUUUGAAGGAGCUUGUUAAAAGGUGGAAGAAUCAUCAAUCUAUGGCGAAUUCGCUUGGUAGAAUCUUUAGAUAUCUUGACCGCUACUUUGUACAUCGACAUAAGUCUCCAGCACUUGGGGAGCUGGCUGUGAUAUGCUUCUAUGACCUGGUUUACAAGACGAAUAAAGUGGAAAUAGUUAAUGCUGCUAUAGCUUUGCUUGGUAGAUUACGACAAGGACAAUUAAUAGAUCACGAAUUAAUGAAGAAUGUUGUUGAGAUUUUUGUUGAGUUUGGAAUGGGAUCCUUGUUUGUAUAUAAGCAUGACUUUGAAACACCGAUGCUCGACAAUGUGGCUGCCUACUAUAAGUGGAAUGCUUCAGGCUGGAUUUGUAGGGAUGACACCCGUGCCUAUAUGGCGAAGGUUCAGACACAUUUGCUUCUUGAAAGGCAGAUUGCUAGAGAUUAUCUCCAUCCAACUAGCGAGUCUUUGUUGUUGAAGAGGGUACAUGAUGUACUAAUGGCUGUCGAAAAGGAUGAUCUUCCGCGCAUGCUGUCGUCCGCCAACCUCAAGUAGUUCGACUUAAUUUUGUGUUUGAGUUCUUCAGUUCUGUGACUGUGAUGAUGCUAAUAAAUCUGGACCAUGGCCAAUUAAGGCUGAAGGUUACAACUUCUUGGAGGGUAUUUACCAGAAUUCGACAUUAUUUUUUGUUUUUGGCUAUCGUUGAAAUGUUUUUUUUUGAAACUAUUUACUAUGUUGUCCCUUAUGGCUGCUGUCUGUGGUUGAACAACAUGAAGUAGCUGAAAGCAACAAGAAGGAUGAUUUGUUUGACAAUUGGUGGAGGUUACUAAACCUUAUAUUC